GGCGCUCACUGCCAGGAACGCGGGGCAGCGGGGUAGGUACUAUCUGCCCGCUGUUGAUCAACAGGUACCUGUCCAGACCUAUUCGAUUUCCCCUUGUCCUUAUUUUACUUUUUAUCGUGAAUGUAGAGAUCUAAGCGACGCAUUGUCUUCAAGGCCAGGCUCUUCUCUUUUAUAGACUAUAAAUAGUUCUACCCUCGAAAAUGAAGCUGAAAGGGACUCGAGAUGCUAGUCAUGCAGACAGUUGGUACGAUGGGGAUCCCGAUAGCUUGUCUAGCCAGCUCGACAACUUUCUCAACGAUGUCCCAAGCUCCAUCGAUGACAACGGCCUCCCGAUUCCCGGAGCCAAAAUCGUGAUUGCACCACAUGCAGGCUAUUCGUACUCAGGACCCUGCGCAGCUUGGGCGUAUAAGUGUCUCGACCUCACUAAAGCCAAACGAGUCUUUGUCCUCGGACCUUCUCAUACGUAUUACCUCCGCGGAUGCGCCCUAACCAAGUUUGCCAAGUACGAGACACCCUUUGGCGACUUAACUGUCGAUGAGGAUGUAGUCCAACAGCUUCGCGACACGGGCAAAUUCCAAGAUAUCCCCAGCAGAGGUGAUGUGGACGAGCAUUCGCUAGAGAUGCAUCUCCCGUUUCUCUACAAACGGCUCACUCAGACCUUCUCGUCCGAGGCCGAGUAUCCUACUAUCGUACCAAUCCUCAUUGGAGACAAUAACGGCGCCGAGGAGAAAGAGUUCGGCAAGCUGUUAGCGCCGUACCUACAAGACCCAGAUAACGCAUUUAUCGUGAGCUCUGACUUCUGUCACUGGGGUUCGAGAUUCAGUUACACGGCUUAUGCGCCGGAGGGCAAGGUCGACCAACUACAGUCUCUAAGCCGAAAGACGCCUAAGCCAACAAACCCACCUAUACAUGAAAGCAUUAAGCAGGUUGACCACCUGGCCAUGGACGCCGUUGCGUCGGGAGACCACAACAAAUUCGUUGACAACCUCAGGCACACCAAGAAUACCGUCUGCGGACGUCACCCUAUCGGCGUUGUGAUGGCGGCCCUGGAGGAGCUAGCAAAAGACAAACCGGACCCCGAUAAGUAUCGAUUCAAGUUCGUACAGUACCAACGCAGCAGCUUGGUCGAGGAUGUCACAGACUCGAGCGUGAGCUACGCAUCUGCGUACGCGAUUGUCUAAGGGGGGUAAUAGAUGGGGACUUGGGGAUGAGGAGUUAGUAAUAGAUGAGCUCGCGCUCCGAAGUUGAUAGAUGUACUAAUUACUACUGAAUUCAUGAAAUGGAUAGCUUAUGAUACGAUACGAUUCUUGCCUAAAUUAGAAGCUGAUGCUUAGAAGCUGAUGCUCGGAUUUAUUCCUAGGUAUCUAUCUGUUAUGUUAUAACA